CGACGACAACGACGACAAUGGCGCCGCCCUCGGUGUCGACCUCUAGCAAGGCCAUCGCCCACGACCUGCCCACUCCCGAGCCGGAGUCACCCAUUCGGCCGAGGCAGCCCUACAAGUUCUCGACGCUCUGCGCGACAGUCGAACAUCCGACUCAAAAGGACCAGUACGGCUCAAGCUCGAUUCCAAUCUACCAGACCGCGACCUUCAAGGGCGUCGAGGGAGAGUAUGACUACACCCGCAGCGGGAACCCGACCCGAACUCAUCUGCAGCACCACAUCGCAAAGAUUUCUGCCGCCGGCCAUGCAUUCACAGUAUCAUCUGGAAUGGCAGCGCUCGACGUGAUCACGCGGCUCCUGAAGCCGGGAGACGAAGUCAUCGCCGGCGACGACCUGUACGGCGGCACCAACCGCCUGCUCACGUACCUCAAGACCCAUUCGGGCGUUAUAGUCCACCAUGUAGACACGACGGAUCCACUUUCCGUCCUGCCUCAUCUGCAUCCGACGAAGACGGCGAUGGUCCUCCUGGAGUCGCCCACUAACCCGCUGCUGAAGAUAUGCGACAUCGCACGGAUCAGCAAGGACGUGAAGGAGCGCAGCCCGAACGCGCUCGUGGUCGUCGACAACACGAUGAUGAGCCCGUACCUGCAGCGACCGCUCGAGCACGGCGCGGACAUCGUGUACGACUCCGCCACUAAGUACCUCAGCGGCCACCACGACCUGAUGGCGGGCGUCAUCUGCUGCAAUCGCGACGACAUAGCCAAGCAAAUCGCAUUCAUUAUCAACUCGGUCGGGAAUGCUCUGACACCGUUCGACUCCUUCCUCCUCCUCCGGGGCAUUAAGACCCUCGCCAUCCGCAUGGAUCGUCAACAAGCUACCGCGAUGGCCGUGGCCACCAUGCUUCAGGGCCUAGGCUUCCAGGUGCACUACCCCGGGCUGCCGAACCACCCCGGCCGAGAAAUCCACGAGAGAAUCGCGUCCGGAUACGGUGCGGUCCUGAGCUUCACGACCGGCGAUAAGGCGCUCAGCGAACGCAUCGUGGGCGCGACGCGGCUCUGGGGUAUUAGCGUCAGCUUCGGGGCCGUGAACUCGUUGAUCAGUAUGCCCUGCGUCAUGUCUCACGCGUCCAUUGACGCUGCUACCCGUGCUGCCCGCGGUCUUCCGGAGGACCUGAUUCGGCUCUGCGUCGGUAUCGAGGAUCCGUCGGAUCUCCUGGACGACCUUGAGCGUGCUUUGUUGGAGGCGGGUGCUAUCACCCUCGACGCUGCGAAUAAGGAACAUCAUUAUGUCCGCGCCAAGCGUCCUCUUCAAGCCGAACCAGCUUCUAUUACCCGCGCUGUGGAGAAACUCGCCAUGCAGGAGCGUCCGCAGCAUCAGGAAAUAUUCGUCAGCGCCCCGGGAAAGGUCAUCUUGUUCGGAGAGCACGCUGUCGUGCACGGAGUCACUGCAAUUGCGGCCUCCGUCGACUUGCGUUGCUACGGUCUCGCCUCACCUCGAUACGACGACAAGAUUUCGGUUCAUUUCCACGACAUAGACAACCUGUACUUCGAGUGGGACGUCGAAUCCUUGCCAUGGGAUGCAGUGACGCCCGUACCGAAUGGAGAAGCCCAUCCAGACGUCCUGGACGCGAAGCUCAUUGACGCCAUCACAGAGCGCGCGCUCUCAGAGGAGCUUCGGAACCACGCGAAAGCCCGGCAGGCCGCGAUAACAUUCUUGUAUUUGUAUAUGAUAUUGGCGCAAGGUUCCGUGAGGCCGACCUACCACUUCACGGCCCGUGCGACCCUUCCCGUCGGUGCAGGGCUCGGCUCUUCGGCGUCUUUCUCUGUGUGCUGUGCCACUUCUCUGCUGCUUCUGCAUGAACGCAUCAGCCUUCCCCGACCUGCAGCGCCGACGAGCGAUGGUCAGGAUGGCCUGCCAGGUCAUGUACAUAUUUCCCAUCAGGGACGACGAGCGAUACCACCGGACACCGCCGAGGAGGUGAACCGCUGGGCGUUCGUCGCCGAGAAGAUUCUGCAUGGAAAUCCGAGUGGAGUCGACAACAGCGUGGCAGUAUAUGGUGGUGCGUUGGCGUACACCCGAGCGGGCUUCGGAAGGAAGAGCGGGAUGGAACCCAUCCAGGGCUUCAAGUCGAUGAAAUUCCUUCUGACAGACACCACGGUAUCUCGUGACACCAAACGCCUUGUAGCCGGCGUGUCUGAGAAGAAGGCGCGCGAACCGGAGCUUGUAGACGGCAUUCUUGCGGCCAUUCAAAGCAUAAGCGAGGAAGCGUACCGGGCGCUCUCAGACCCUGAGCUGCCCCGGUCUGACCUCCUGUCAGCUCUUUCUGCGUUAAUCGCUGAGAACCACGCGCAUCUCGUCACCCUGGGUGUUUCCCACGCGACCCUGGAAGCCAUCAAAGCGAAGACCGCAUCUGCGCCGUACCAUCUGAGCACCAAGCUCACAGGCGCCGGGGGCGGAGGCUGCUCCGUCACACUCGUCCCAGACGAUAUCAAGGAAGAUAACCUGCGAGACCUGCUCGAGAGCCUAUCGGCUGAUGGCUUCCGACCCUACAUAACCUCAGUGGGCGGUAGCGGCCUGGGCGUACUCUCGCCUUACCACCAGCGCAGGCAUUCCCCCGUCACCCCUCCGGAGAGCCCACCGGAUCACGAGGACGGGCAAAUCGCCCUCCGCGACACCCUUUUGCGGAGCGCCUUCGAGACGAAGAGCGUGGGUGAGCUCGCCGCCUGGGCGGACGCAUGCGGUCGCUGGCUCUACGUUUGAAAGAGUUGCCGAAGAAGCGCGUGGCCAGUGCGGGAGAUGCGCGGAUUGCGAUACGUACAUGCUGCGUACAUGUGUAAAAUUACUCGGAUAAUCGUUGUCUGUACUCACGGGCGUCAAGCGGAUCCACGCAAGCUUUAGAGUUGUAGCCCA